UAUCGACCUAUAAAGCGAUCAAGUCGCAUCUGUGCGGUUAAAUAUUUAUGUUCCGUGGAACACAAUAUCAGUGGAAAAUAAGUGCAGCGUAAUGAAAUUCAAUAUACAAACGACACAAACAGCACAGUAAAUCACAGUUUGGUGAUUGAAAAUCACUUAAACUUAUUAUUGAAGCAAAUCGUUGGCCAGUGUAAUAAAUCCAAAUGAAUGAGUCUUAAAUUAAGCUUCAUAAGCCCUUAUCGACGGUUUUUAGUGAUAUCGAACAAAAUCAAAGAGCUACGUGCGAUUUGAUCAAGGAAAUAAAUCCAUAAAUCCCGGCUAGACGUCAACUGAAAUUAGUUAAAUUAUACAAUCAUACACGUGCAACUAAAAAAAAACAAGAAGUGAGAUGAUAAAAAACCUAUUUUGUGAUAUACUCCACAACUGAAGUGUAGUUUAAUAAAUCUAAUCUACUGCAAAAUUCGGAAAACAAAUAAUGAAUGAAUAAUAAAUACAUUUACCGAAUAUAUAAAGCAAACAAUCAUUGAUAAGCUGCCAUUUCUAAUUGAAAUUAUAACUUAAAAAUAAACAAUAAUUCAAUCUACCCCAUCUAUCUAAAGUAAAUGGCUAGAAGUCUAAUCCUAUGCGCUGCGUUUGGCGGUUACAUUUUGAAUUGCAAAAGCUAAGCGGUAAAAACAGCUAGAGCAUAAAAGCUUUCAGCUUACACUCACCACCAAACCUAACAGACCAGCAGCACACUUAACAUUAACAGUGUAAGAGCGGGUGCGCAAAGUAAAAAUGAGCGCCACAGGGGCACACUCCGAAAAUGACGCACAAAGACGAAACAGUCGGUCUAGUGAGAACAGCGAGACCAGUGAGACCAGUGAGAACAAUGAGAACAGCGCGUCCGGCCCCGUUAGGGAACAGCGUGACGAGAUGGCGGGCCAUACCGCUCUCCAGUGGGCGUGGCAUGUGGUCACAUCCAUAUCCGUGGAGCCCACAAUGUUCCUGUACAUGUUCGCCUUCAUGAUCACCUCGGUGGUGGAGCAGAACUUCUUUCUGUACAAGUCCUGUCGGGUUAACAGGAAUUUCACGGAGGAGAUCUGCAGGAAUCUCAACAAGCCGGAGAACGAGGAGUUCCGAAGGGAGGCAAUGUUGACCAAUGCCUGGUUCCUUCAGUGGGAGAACAUUUCCGCCCACGUUUUCCCCAUUAUCCUGGCCCUUUUUCUGGGCUCCUUCUCGGAUCGGCGUGGCCGAAAGUUGCCCCUGCUCAUGGGAUUAGUGGGAAAGUUUGUCUACUCCACGAUGAUAGUGGUCAACGCUAGGAUGCCCACGUGGCCGGUGCAGAACAUCAUCUACUCGGCCACGUUGCCAUCGGCGUUGACCGGUGCGGAUGUGGCCAUUUUUGCCUCCUGCUUCGCCUACAUCUCGGACAUUUCCACGCUGCAGCAGCGCACCAUCCGAGUGACCAUCCUGGACGUGAUCUACCUCAGUGCCAUGCCCCUGGGCGUGGCCCUGGGCUCGCAUCUCUUUUACAACGUGUUCAAUCAGUCCUACGCGGACAUGUUCACCGUGAACGCUUCACUACUUGCCCUCGCCAUCAUCUACACCAUGUGCGCCCUGAAGUGGCAAACAACGCCGAGGCAGCGAUCGCUGAGGGAACUCGGAUGCUGUGGCUUUUGGGGCGACUUCUUUGAUAAGCAGCAUGUGAAGGACUCGUUGGCGGUGUUGGUGAAGCCGCGAAAGGGUCAUCGUCGCAGCUUUCUCAUUAUCCUUCUGGUCAGCAUGGCCCUGUACACGUUCCAGCGGGACGAGGGGCAGUACCUCUACAUGUACACCCUGGGCAAAUUUGACUGGGAUGUGAGUGCGUACAGCAACUUCAAGACAUUCAAGUCAUCGGCCUACGUGAUUGCCAUGCUGUUGGCUGUGCCGCUGAUGAACAAGAUCCUUGGAUGGAGGGAUACGACAAUCAUUUUCAUUGGCACGUGGGCCCAUUCGAUAGCCCGCUUGUUCUUCUAUUUCGCCACCAAUACGGACUUGCUCUACGCCGGAGCCGUUGUCUGCAGCUUGGGUCCAAUUGUGGGUCCCAUGAUCCGGGCCAUGACCUCGAAAAUAGUGCCCACAUCGGAGCGUGGAAAGGUGUUUGCGCUGCUAUCGGUUUGCGAUAAUGCGGUGCCCUUCAUCAGCGGUGUGUGCUAUUCGCAACUUUAUCGACGCACUCAGAAUACGAAUCACGGAGGAUAUGUCUUCAUCCUAACCAUUGCCACCCAAAUCGCCGUCUUUAUGAUGAUACUUUGCCUACACAUUGUUUUGGGCAAAAAUUCACUGGCUGUUCCGGAAGUUCCUGAGAAGGAGAGCGGACUUAUUUCCCAAACGGAAGCUGUCCUGGAGACGGAAAUUGAACAGCACAAGAACUAGCCUGUGAAUUAACUUUAACGAUUCCUAAUAAAAAGAUUUGAACCCAGAGCAGAUAUUGAUUGCAUUGCAUAAAUAUUUUGCCAAUGUAAAUCAUUCCCAUCAAUAUAUUUUGAAUAAAAGCUAAACUUUUCUAUAUUUGAACUUAUCAUGAAA